UUUAAACCCAGAAAAAUACAAUCUCUCUCUUCCCUUUUGGAGGGUAAUGGGCCUUCACCCCGAGGGUGACGGAGAUUUUCACGUAUAGGUUUUUCAGUAUGUAUCGAGUCAAUCAUCUCCCUCUUUGUAAGUUAUGGAACCCACCCCUGGCCCUCCCCUUACCCGGCCUGGGCAGUGAUGCAGAUAUCUCUCCUACCGCUCUGAUUCGUCCGCAUGAAAUCAUUGCCUUCUUAUCUUUGCUCAACUCCUCCCCAAUUUCUCACUCCCUCGCCGUCUAUUGUCGGAGCCUCCCUCCCUAUUGUCCCCCGCUGCAAUUUCAAAGCUAGUCAAUUACAGUCCACAACUCUCCCAGCUUGCCCAACGUAAUCGCUGACGUACUCAGCGACCCCGUUUGUCUGUUUUGUGGUUCAAGGUCUUGAAACGAGCGGCUUCUUGGAGAUGUGGUAGCGUCCUGCGCCUUGCGGAUGGCGUUUUCAGGGUCUGUGGUGGAUCUUCAACCUACUUUAAAGAAGAAAACUGCUGUUUCAAGAAGCUGGAUUCUGCUGGACCGCAAUGGCAACGGCACCGUGUUGGAUGUGGACAAAUACGCUAUUAUGCGCCGGGUUGAAAUUCACGCGAGGGAUCUUCGAAUUCUUGAUCCGCUGUUAUCGUACCCUUCAACCAUUUUGGGCAGAGAGAAAGUCAUUGUCCUCAAUUUAGAGCAUAUUAAAGCUAUUAUCACCGCAGAGGAGGUGUUGCUGAGAGACCCACUCGAUGAUGAUGUUAUUCCUAUUGUUGAGCAACUUCAAAGAAGGUUGCUAUUUCGUACAGUGCAAGGCCAGCGAGAAGAAGAAGAGGCAUGUGCUCAAGAAGUUGAAGGCGACGAAGAAAAAGAAUUUCCGUUUGAGUUCCAUGCCUUAGAGGUUACAUUAGAGGCAAUUUGCAGUUUUCUUGAUGCGCGGACGAGAGAGUUAGAGACUGAUACUUAUCCAGCUUUAGAUGAGCUCACAUCUAAGAUUAGUAGUCGUAACUUGGACAGAGUACGCAAACUGAAGAGUGCAAUGACCAGGUUGACAAAUAGAGUUCAAAAGAUAAGAGAUGAACUAGAAAAUCUACUGGAUGAUGAUGAUGAUAUGGCCGACCUUUACUUAUCGAGAAAGAUGGCUGUCUCAUGCUCGCCAACUAGUAGUUGUGAUGCCCCCAAUUGGAUUCUUAGCUCUCCAACUAUAGGUUCAAGGGUUCGUAGAUCAAGCAGAGCAAGUGCAAUGACAUUUCAAGAGAAUGAUGUCGAGGAGCUUGAAAUGUUACUCGAGGCUUAUUUCAUGCAAAUUGAUGGCACAUUAAAUAAACUGACCACACUGCGGGAAUAUAUUGAUGACACGGAAGAUUACAUCAACAUACAGCUUGACAAUCACCGAAACCAGCUGAUUCAGCUAGAGCUCUUCCUCAGUUCUGGGACUGUGUGCCUGUCCAUAUAUUCCUUGGUGGGUGCAAUAUUUGGCAUGAACAUCCCGUACACGUGGAAAGAAGGACACGAUUAUAUGUUCAAAUGGGUGGUAAUCUUUACGGGAAUAGUUUGUGGAUCCUUGUUUUUGUCCAUAGUAUCAUAUGCUCGGCGCAAAGGUCUUGUUGGGUCUUGAAACAAAGAUGCCAUUCGAAGAGACAUUGUGGAUGAUAGGCUCGGCACUGCGAAUAGAUGGGAAUCAGUGGGAUCCAAUUGUACAAGAAAUAAAGUGCAAAUUGUUCUAUCACGUUGCCUGAAUAAUUGCUUAAUUGUUCAUAUUGUAGUUGAAUUAGAAGUUGAAAACUGAAGAAGACGAUUAUAGAUGAAAUGGUUAGUUGAUAAAAUUGAUUCUUACCCCGAUA